AUGAUUUCAAGUGAUGAUUUGGUAGAAUUGAAUGGUGUUAUUCAACCAACAUCAACUAGUGAUGAAUUUCUACUGAUUGGCGGUAAUAUUACAGAUGUUGGUGAAUCUUAUAUUCCAAUCAUUUGGUCGUAUAAUGUAGUCGUACGUAUUAUCAUUAUUGCCAACAACAAUAAUGAUCAGAAUAAUAAUAAUACUCUCUCUAUUUCUAUAUCUCUUCCUUUUGUCACAUGUUUAGACCAAUACUCUUGUCCAAAAUUUCAACAAAUGUAUUACCAAUGGGAUGUUCAGAUGGCAACAUAUGAUUCAAUCAACAAUAUAGUUUACUUGAAUGCCGAUUAUAAAGGAUAUCCAGUAUUGCUAAAAUUUGAUUAUAAUCAACAAAAAGAAGAUGUAAUAAGUUUACCAGGUACAGGAUGGUAUAUACAAUCAUCGUACAAUGAAACAACCAAUAUGUUUUAUCUUGGUGGUACAAGCCAAGUAGCAAAUCAAUUAAGUCAGAUGGUAGUUGCCACCUACAACACGGUGACUGGAGAUACAUCGUCACACAUCAUUCAAUUUGAUAUACCCAAUACCUGUUACUACUCGAUUGUGAUGUAUCAAUACAACUCCAAGUUCUACGCUGGACUAUAUGCUGAAACUGGUUCUUGCCCAUCAUUUAUAUUUGAAGUAGAUAUUGUUGGAAACAAUUCGACACUACUAGCCACCAUCCCAAAUGGCAACGCCGCUCCAUUCGAUGCCUAUAUAUAUUUUGUAAUCGAUAAUAUCAAUGGAUAUCUAGCCAUGUUUUCAACGAGUGUUGAAGAUUAUAAACUCCUUGAAAUUUGUAUGGUCAAUCUGAAUACCUAUCAAGUUGAACAAUAUGCUAUACCCAACGUACUUUACGAGAUCAGUUCGAGUCUCCACGAGUUUUUAAUGACUCUAUCCUAA